GUUCAAAACUUCUAAUCUAGAGUUAAAGGGUAGAACUUCAUAAUCAAAUUUGAAUAGAUAGUGUUUGGCUUUCGUGGUAGUGAAGCAGUUUAAUGCAAAGUUGCUUGGCUUUCACCUGUGAAGAACAGGCUAUUCGACUUUAGCUAGCCAGGGAAAAAUGAUGUUCAUGAUCAUAAUACUACCUGCGGUGGUCAUCAUGGCAGCCUGGUGGUACCGUGGAUUCAAGAUAUGGUAUCCGAAUAUUAGCAGCGGCGACGUUGAUUGCAUGGUGUGUUUGAGCAAGAUCUGCAGAGAAGAGAAAGUCCGGAUACUGCCACUCUGUCACCAUUGUUUUCAUGGUGAUUGCAUCGAAGCUUGGCUCCAAGUGAGUCCAACAUGCCCACUUUGCAGGAAUGAUGUUGUCCAUAGUCACAGCAUCGUUUCAACCUUCUUGCUUUCUCCGAUAGAUCGCAUGGGAAAAUGGCUGCAGAAUUCCCUUACCCCCGACCUUACAACGGCAGUCUGCGAGGGUCUAGCUAGCAUUUCUUGAAGACAGUAUUCUCAUCGCCUGUAAAAAGUACUGUAGAGUGGGAAAAUCAGAAAAGGAAAAAAUGUACAGUAGAGAAGAAUCAUGGUUCAGAACUCGGCCCAGCCUCAUACGUUCGGUUAAUUGGUUUUGACUUAUGAUCAUGAUGCCGGAGGUCCAGCCCAGCUGGCUUGAAUGAAUUUUGUUGGGGGCUCUCUCUCGAUUUGUUAGGCUCCUUCUCUUGGUUUUUCUCCACCUCAUGUUUUUUUUUUUUUUUGGGCGUGUGUAUGAAUAUGGUAGUAUGCCAAAGUAAAAGGGUCUGGAGCCUUGGAAGCAGACCUCUUCCUUCCAAGAACUUUCCGAAAAGGCAAAAGGAAAUUGUAUUUGUUAUUUCUGUGGGUGUAAGAGGGAAUGGAUUGGACAAGCCAGCACCAUAAGUGAACAAAAAUCAUUCCUUAAU